AUGCGGCUCCUCUCUUCGUUAUGUCUCCUUCUUCUAUCCUCAUUGCAACUUGUAUGGGCGAAAAGCGCAGUCGGAGACAGACUCCUCGUGGUCCUUGAAGACGAAGCGCAGAGAGGACUCUACUCGAAGUUCUGGGCUGAUUUAGAGGCGCGAGACUUCAAGUUGUCGUUCCAGUCCCCGAGAGACGAGAACCUGGCGUUAUUCAGACAUGGCCAGUUAGCAUACGACCAUUUGCUCCUCACCCCUCCGAAGUCGAAAGGCUACGGGCCGGCUUUGACGCCGAAGAUCCUUCUCGAGUACGUGAAUAGCGGUGGAAAUAUCCUGCUUGGACUGUCCUCACAGUCGGGCACCCCUUCAGCCGUCUCGUCACUCCUCCUCGAGUUCGACAUCUCAUUGUCUCCCGACAAGAACUCGGUCGUUGUCGACCACUUCAACUAUGACACGGUCUCCGCGGCUGAGAAACAUGACGUUCUACUGGUCAAUCGACCGGGACCACUGAGGCCGGAUGUGGUCAACUUCUUUGGCGGUGAUGGCUUGUUGGCGGUCCCGAAAGCAGUGGGACAGACAUUAGGAAAUGCCAGUCCUCUGCUCGCGCCGAUCCUCAAGGCCCCGAUCACGGCAUACGCAUACAAUCCGAAAGAAGAAGGAGAAAGCGCGGAAGAGCUCUUCGCGACCGGCUCGCAGCUGGCCCUCAUCUCGGCCAUGCAAGCACGCAACUCCGCCCGCUUCACGGUGCUGGGAUCCCUGGAGAUGCUGCAGGAUAAAUGGCUUGACGCGUCCGUCAAGGGGCCGCGUGGUGACAACAGCAAGACCAUGAACAGGGACUUUGCCAGGCAAUUGACCGAAUGGACCUUCAGAGAGGUCGGUGUGUUGAAGGUCUUCCACGUCCAGCACCGUGAGAUCGUGAAGGCGGCCAAGCCCAGUGGGAGCGAAAACACCACCGCCCUCAGCGGCCAACAAUAUAACCCGGAGAUCUACCGGAUCAAGAACGACGUGGAAUUCUCCAUUUCAAUAGGCCAAUACGACAAGACUCAUUACGUGCCGUUUACCAUCCCGGCCAACGACGCGCUUCAGCUCGAAUUCUCCAUGCUCUCGCCCUUCCAUCGCAUUCCGCUCCAUUCGACCUCCAGCACAGCCAACAGCACCAUCUUCAGCACGACGUUCACGACGCCCGACCAGCACGGCAUCUUCGCGUUCAAGGUCAACUACAAACGCCCCUUCCUCACGCCCAUCGAGGUGAAACGCCAAGUCACGGUCCGCCACUUUGCCCACGACGAAUGGCCGCGCAGUUGGGCCAUCACGGGCGCGUGGCCGUGGAUUGGUGGCUUGUGGAGCGUCAUUGUCGGGUUCUUGUUGUUUGUUGUCGUGUGGCUGUAUUGCGAGCCCCCCAAGGAGGAGGCCGAACGGCGGCGGAAGUUGAGCGUCAGCAUGGGCUCGAGGUAG